AUGCGAUUAUUUCUGAGAUGCCCUUGGCCACUAAUUCAGCGCCGUUCGAUCCAAAGCGAUAGCUUGUAUCAUGCAAUAACCACAGCUCCCGAAUUUAAUAAGUAUAUUGAUGCAAUCAAGGAUAAGCUAGAUAAAUAUAAGAGCGGAGAAACUCAUUUGGAGGGGAAUGAAGACAUCGGGAGAUGGGAGAAGAUAUUGGAGAACAGACUGCGAUUGGAGAAGACCUUCCAUGAUCUGAAGCAACUCGAUGAACUUAUGAAAAGUAAGUUUAUUGAGACCAUAAUUAUUAUAAUAUUUUUCAGGCAAUGAUUCUCUCAAAGACUUGGCUGAAGAGGAUUCAGCUAGAUUAAAUAUAGAAUACAAUGAGAUUCUGGACGAUUUAGUGAAAAGUAUAGUCCCGUUACAGCCGUUGGAUCUAUUGAGUCGAUGUCAGAUGGAAUUCACCAGGUAAAUGAUAGAGAGGGAGUACUGUAGAGUAAAUAUAUUUAUAGUGGUGUUGGCGGAAUUGAGUCGAUGUAUUUCGCAGAAGAAAUAGUGCAGAUGUACAAUUGUCUGGCAGAUAACAAAGGCUGGAAAUGGAGUCCGUAUCAAGUAGAAAAGGGUCCUCAAGGAGGAAUAAGGUCGGCGAUUAUAUCCCUGGAAGGAGAACAAAUCUACUCGGCUCUCAGGUUCGAAGCGGGUGUUCAUCGGGUCCAAAGGGUCCCUCGAACGGACCCUUCCAGAAUGCACACAUCCACUAUGAGCGUGGCUGUUCUUCCCGUCCCCGAAGAGGUAAGAAUUGUCGAUGAUUUAUUCUAUAUUAUAAUAGACUCAAGUCCAAGUUCUCUCCACUGACUGUAAAACUGAGACCAUGAGAGCUUCUGGGCCAGGAGGACAGAAUGUGAACAAGCGAUCUAGUGCCGUGAGGAUCACCCACGUGCCCUCAGGCAUUGCUGUUCAUUGUAUGGAAGAGAGAUUUCAACAUUUGAAUAUGCAGGUAAUUUAAGUUAUGGAGUAGGCACAUGGCAUGUGCCAAGGUGUACACAAAGUGAAGUCCUAUCAGUGUAAUUGCUUGUGCUGACGUGUGAUUGGUUCCCCUUCUAGGUACCGUAUUCUUGAUGAACGUUUUUUUGCAGCUUGCUUACAAACGCCUCGGGGCAAUCCUUCUGCAACAAAAAGUGGAUGAAGUUCAAUCCAAGAUCUCGAGGGCUCGGAAACUACAAGUUGGAAGUCGAGCUCGGGCGGAGAAGGUGAGGACGUUCAACUUUCAGAAUGAUCGGAUUACUGAUCAUCGACUCAAGUUGAGCGUUUCCAAUGUCGAUGAAUUUAUGCAUGGAGGACCAAAAUUAGAAUAUUUCAUCAACGAAUUGAAGAGAUUGAAUACUUAUGAGAGACUUUUGGAUGAGAUCUCAGCUUCUUAG